AGAUAACAAACCGAGCUAGGCUAGAAAAGCUGAUGAACUGCUGCCUGCAAGAUGUUGAUGAGGUCAUUGAUCGACCGACAAUCGGCUGUUCAAAACCGAUAACGGCUCUCUCGGAGGCAGACCGGGCAAGAUGGGUGCGAGGGCUUUUCCGCCGUGAUGUUCUGCUACACCAGAUGAAUGCUGUCGUUGACUUUCAGGCCGGUCUUCAGCCAAUGCUGGACACCUGGAAGUCAACCCCUGAGGCGGUGGAGGCGGCCAUGCAAUUUCUGUCACGGGACAGCAUCCCGGACCUCACAGAAGCCGCCUUCUUGCAGCUCUUUGAGUUGAACAGAUACGGGACAGAGAGAUCCCAAUUGUACAAGGAUGAAAACAAGGCAUACUAUUGGUUUGAGUCGUUUCUCAAGGAUGUACAUCGCGGAUUGGCAACCUGCAAGACUGAAGCUCAACGGGAGGACUUCCAGCCUCCUGUAGAGGACAUCGCUAUCAGAGUUUCUGAUGUUCUGAUGUUCUUUACAGGAAGCACGACCGUGCCUCCCGGUGGCUUCAGUUCGGUCAUUAUGCUGCAUUUUGACCGAGGGUGUACGUUGCCAAGAAUCAGUACUUGUGCACUAAACGCUACCAUGCCAUUAAACGCCAUAGCUACUCAUCGGAAAGGUAAAGAUAACUACUGUUAUUGGCUUCUUCCGGGGAGUGGCUUUGGAGUUGACUGAUUGUACUGAUUCUUGGCAACUUGAAACGGCUCAAACCAAGAAUCGUCUACAAAUCAACGUGCAAGAACCUAUUAUUCUAUGUACACUACAGUCAUUGAAAAUUUGAGUAGCCCUGGCUAUAUUACUGUUAAAUUUUCACACUAGAAGCAACAUUGAAAAUACAUGGACAUCAGUACCGAUAGGGUAAAAUAAAUACAAAUUAGGGUUCGUGUAAAGUUCAAAA